AUGGCCAAAGGCAAAGACACCUCCGCGACAAAAGCUUUGGAUUUCGAAUCACAUAUCGAGUUGAAGCAAAUCGCACCUGAUGUAUUCACCAACGUCCAUCAACCAUGGCUAUUUCAUAUCACAUACACUGUCCCUGGGCCACUGAUGAUGGCCGAAGCUGCGGCGGCCGCCUACAAGACCGUUCCUGAAGGAUUCAGGUUGCAUUCACUGCAGACGCACUUCAUGUUGCCCCCGAAUGGGUCGAAGCCUCUGGUAUACAAGGUGCAAAGACCUAGCCAGGGACGACGGUUCGCAGUGCGGAUCGUGACCAUCGAACAGGAUGACAAGCCGUUUGUGACCAUCACGACAAGCUUUGUGAGCGGGGCUCACUGGACAGGGCGAGCAAUGACGCACGCGGUGAGAAUGAAGAUCGAGCGACGAGUGCGGGAAAUUACCUUGGAUGAUUUUGAAGCGGCGCGAGGGCCGCUGGGACCGUUUAUGAAGUUCGAGAGACUCCCGCUCGUCCAUGAAGAUCCGCAAGACCCCAGCACGACCGUCGCCCCCGUGGUCGCAAAGAUUGAUCCCGCGAUCAAAUCUCCUGCUGGCACGGCCGCUCAUAUUCUUGCCAUCAUUUACCUAUCCGACUACCACGUCAUGGACUGUCCGCUGUCCAUCCACGGAGUGAAUAUUGGCAUGUUUCCAAUUGGUGACCAUUCCAAAACGCUCACGCCGGUGGGAAUGAAGAUCAUGACUAGUCUCAACCAUACCGUUUCCUUUCAUACACAUGAAGGGUUCAGGGCUGACGAGCUGAUGUACAUCGAGGUAACUUCUCCGUGGGCCAAGGACGGGAGGGCGAUGAUACAUUCGAGGAUCUUCAGCAAUCAGGGUCUUUUGGUCGCGACAUGUACUCAAGAGGUUUGA